UUCGCCGUGUUGAGACGUUCCUCAACUCUCUGACAGUAUCGCUUGCUGCGGCAUUUCCAAACAUGUCGAUCUUUCAAACUGUCAUMUUUUUGGCAGUUUUAGUGAUACAGGAUGGACACCCUUGGCCUACAAAGCUUCAACAAAGGGAUGUGGAUCUUAUGCUUAACGAGAAUGCUGAGAGCAACAAAGGUGAWUUGCGAGACAAAAAAGACUUCAAUCCAAGUGUAGAACAGGAUUUGGAAGAGUUACUCCAUCAACAGCCAGUAGAGAAACGUUUUUACCUUGAGGAUGAAUUAAAYAAAUUACUUAACCCAGAAAAACGAGAAAACAGCAAAAUAAGCGAAAAAAGAAAUGGUAACGAAGAGAGGAAAGAUGAACAAUUGCGUAAUUUUCUUAUGCAUCCUAUCAGAAAUCACAAAARAGAGGAAAAGCAACUGAAUGAGCUCUCAAAGCCUUUUAAGAAAGAAAUUUCAGAGCAUCCUGCAGCAGAGAAGAAGAAAAAUUUMGACCAUAAAGCAAUUCGUGGUGAGGAGGAAACUUCCUUGGUCAAUCACGACAAAGAAUUGCGAGAGAAGGAUAAUCAUCCACAUUCRCAUGAGCAGAAUCUUCAUCAUCUUCGUUCAUCAAAGGAUGAGAGACAUGAUGYUCGUCCACCAAUUAAAAAGAAAAGCAGCAAAGAUGACUACCAACAACACUAUAAAGAAAUCCUGAGGGAGCUUCAUCCACCACAAGAAGACGAAGAGGAAGAAAGGGAAGUUCAURGUUCGGUUCAAAACGACAAAAAAGAAAAAGAAACGUCUCAAGAGCAUCAACAAAGGAAAAGUAACAAAAGGMAUGAUGAUCACAAAAAUGGAUUGCGAGAGCUCCAUCCCUUUGGAGAAGGCCAACAUUUAGAACGAGAAAUUCAUCCUCCAGGUGGCCACGAAGAAAAAGAUGAUCGAGAGAAUUCUCGCUUGAUUCAAAAGAAAAGUGACAAUCACAAAGAAAUCUUGCGAAAGGUUCAUCMUUCAGAGGAAGGCAAAGAAGAUGAAAAUGUAAGGGGCAACGAAGAAAUGAAAAAGAAGGAACAUAGCUUUCUAUUUUCAGGUCAUAAGAAAUUCGAUGAGGAUGACAUUAAAAGUCAUAAAGAGGAUCACAAGCUUCUUCCACAAAGGGAAACUAACUCGAAACUAACUCACAAGCGUGAGCCUCGAGAGGCCAUGAAGGAUGACUUUUCAGAAAUGAAAAUAGCCAAACGCAAUCUCCAGUCUGAAAAUGAUGAAGAGCAAGAUAGAAAUAUGCUCGAGUCUUCRAUAAYAAAUCAAGAAAAACGCCAACGAUAUUGGACSUCGCMKGAAGAAGACUAUGGCAGAGGCAGUGAGAAACAAAGGAGAACAAAGGAGAUUCUUCCCGGAGAAUUMGAAGAAAUGCCWCAGUUAGACAGUCAAACACCAUUUUACGAGAGAGAUGAAACGGUUAACGAAGACCGUUCUUUAGAUGACGAGGGACUACAAGAUUUCCAGUCCCGAGCUGAGGGAAGWGACCUUCACCGUUCAGUUUUUGAGCGACAGGAAGACAAUGAUCAAGGUCAUGAGAGUGAAAUGGAGGACGACGAACCAGAUGAAGAAGAACGAACAUAUGRUUUACCAAAUGUACAAGAAGAACAACAAGACGAASCAACAACAAAUGAACAAAACGAUAUWGUUGAACCUUCCCAACUCGAACCAAAUACUAUUUACCAAGAYGAAUACGAUGAUAGCGAGGAAGAGUACCAGAAGAAAAGGCGUUUACUGGCUAGUUUAGAGUUAAUGAGUCUUAUGGCCAGAAACAAAGAUGACCCGAGUGAUACAGUACUUGGCAGCCAACCAUUUUUCAAUGAGGAUACAAAUGACGGAACGAAUAUCAAGAGAAUUUCUCCCCCUCUUCAAAUUCAUCGACGUUUUAAAGAUUUUUCAAUGCCGAGACGAAAUGCCGGCAUCGAACCAUUUGUGGAACCAAUGCAACCAUUCAACCAAGACGAAAUGUCCGAAGUUCAUGCCUUCGAAGAUGAAGAAGAUGGCAGUUUUAGCCGAAGAGACAACGCGCAAAAUGCCUAUAAAAUGGAGAGAGUAAAAUCGUUGUGUGAUAGAUGUUGUUCCGUUGAAAGGUGUUGGAUGAUCGACCAAUUACACUGCGAUUGUUAACAUCAAGAUACUUAAUUCUAAAUUCUUUGUUGUUGUUUGCUUGUUGUURUUUGUUUGUAGUUUUGAUUUGAAGGAUUUUUAUACAGGAACAAUGAAGUAAAUGUGAGAAUAACUAUUAUAUUAAAUUAACAGUAAUGUGAAAUAGCAAAUGAUAUUGACUUAGUAGAAUAUUGACUAUAAAAAAUACGGAGAAAAUGCACUAUAGUAAAAUAAUACCAUAAAAGAAAAACCCGUGAAACAAAAUGUAACAGUAAAAAUGUAAUAUUGUGUGAUUCACAUAAAAGAUAAAGACAAGCGUACAAAAUAAAUAAAGAUGAAGUACGCUUAAAUGUAUUUCACGGAUUUAGGGAAACCGCUUUACAAAGAUGUGAAAUGUUUUUCCUAUACAACAGAUAUCGAAUGAUWUUCAUCACCCUCCCUGAAAAAAUAAAARGCAAGUGAUUACUCCGGUCAGUAAUUAAAUAAACUCCAAGACAUUUUA